GCUGGGGAAUAGGCGAAGUAUCGCAUCCCUCCACCUCUAGUAUCCCUCGCUGGUGAAGUUGACCGGGCUGUGAAUAUGUAAGAAUGUUAAUGACACCGUGCUUCUAAAUUUGGUAAACACAAGUCAUUACUUUCGCAUGUUAUCGGAUGAAGGGCAGGGGGAAAAGCUGCCGCCUCCGCACUCCUGAUUGCAAGGUUGGCCGCGCUGCUCUCGCUCUCUUUAAUGCUGGAGUAGUGAUGGUGUAAGGUCGCAGCGAGCUGCUGCCCGCCGGAGCGGAGCCCAGCCCAGCCCAGCCCAGGCGCAUCUCGGAUCGGCGGGCUGGCACUUCUGCAACCCUCAGCCGAAUGCUCCACUUUGUUUAAUCGUUCGCAUCGCGGAAGGUCGGAGCUUGCUACUUUCGACCGGAUCUCGUACAACUUGGCGACUUUUGAAUUAAGCAACUUGAAUGAGACAACUCUGCUGAAAAAUUAAGACGUCUUUCGGGGAAAGAUAACAGAAUCUUAGCGCGAUGUAUCCUCAAGCCAGACACCCAACGCCUCACCAGCCCGCACAGCCCUUUAAAUUCACCAUCUCCGAAUCGUGCGAUCGUAUCAAAGAAGAAUUUCAGUUUUUGCAGGCGCAAUAUCACAGUUUGAAAUUGGAAUGUGAAAAACUAGCCAGUGAAAAGACUGAAAUGCAACGCCACUAUGUAAUGUAUUAUGAAAUGUCUUAUGGUCUGAAUAUAGAAAUGCACAAACAGGCUGAAAUUGUCAAGAGACUCAAUGCCAUUUGUGCCCAGGUCAUUCCUUUCCUGUCUCAGGAGCACCAACAGCAAGUGGUGCAGGCAGUGGAACGGGCCAAGCAAGUGACCAUGGCUGAGCUAAACGCCAUCAUCGGGGUACGUGGUCUUCAAAGUCUGCCCUUUACACACACAGAGAAGAGAAGGUUUCAAUGCUGGCUAUUGCAGCAGCAGCAACUACAAGCCCAACACUUAUCCCACGGCCAUGCACUUCCAGUACCCCUCACUCCGCACCCAUUAGGACUCCAGCUUCCAGGAAUCCCAUCUGUUGGAAGCAGUGCAGGACUAUUGGCAUUAUCGAAUGCUAUGAAAAAUGAGAAAAAGCACCAUGAAACAGACCAUCAAAGAGACAGAGACUCAGUAAAGAGUUCCUCAGUGUCUCCAUCAGCUAGUUUCAGAGCUGCUGAGAAGCACAGAGGUUCAAAUGACUACUCCUCAGAUAGUAAGAAGCAGAAGACAGAUGAUAAGGAUUUAGCAAAACGUUACGAUAGCGAUGGGGAGAAGAGUGAUGACAACCUGGUGGUUGAUGUUUCCAAUGAGGACCCAACUUCACCAAGAGGUAGUCCACCUCAUUCACCACGGGAAAAUGGUUUAGAUAAAUCUCGCCUCUUAAAAAAGGAUGCACCCAUAAGCCCAGCUUCCAUUGCUUCUUCUAGUAGUACUCCUUCUACAAAAUCCAAAGAAAUGAGUCUUAAUGAAAAAUCAACUACUCCUGUGCCAAAGUCCAAUACUCCAACUCCACGAUCAGAUGCGUCAACUCCAGGAAGUACUUCCACUCCAGGAUUGAGGCCUAUCUCUGGCAAACCACUAGGACUUGAUCCAAUAGGCUUGAGGACUCCUAUGGCAGUUCCAUGUCCUUAUCCUGCUCCUUUUGGAAUUGUGCCCCAUACUGGUAUGAAUGGAGAUCUAACGAGUCCAGGGACAUAUGCAGGUUUACAUAAUAUCUCCCCUCAGAUGAGUGCAGCAGCAGCUGCUGCAGCCGCGGCAGCUGCUUACAGCCGAUCUCCAGUGGUUGGAUUUGAUCCACAUCACAUACGUGUACCUGGCAUUCCUCCAAACUUAAGUGGCAUCCCUGGAGGAAAACCUGCUUAUUCAUUUCAUGUAAGCGCUGACGGACAGAUGCAACCUGUGCCUUUCCCUCCUGAUGCUCUCAUCGGACCGGGAAUUCCAAGACAUGCUCGGCAAAUGAAUUCUCUGAGCCACGGUGACGUUGUCUGUGCAGUGACCAUCAGCAAUCCUACGAGACACGUGUACACUGGUGGAAAGGGAUGUGUGAAGGUCUGGGACAUUAGUCACCCUGGGAACAAAAGCCCGGUCUCUCAGCUGGAUUGCCUGAACAGAGACAAUUACAUCCGAUCAUGCAAGUUGCUUCCUGAUGGACGUACUCUGAUUGUGGGUGGUGAAGCCAGCACGUUAUCCAUUUGGGAUUUGGCAGCUCCAACCCCGCGUAUAAAGGCAGAGUUGACGUCUUCAGCUCCUGCCUGCUAUGCUUUAGCGAUCAGUCCUGACUCCAAGGUCUGUUUCUCCUGCUGUAGUGAUGGUAAUAUCGCUGUCUGGGAUCUCCACAACCAGACGUUGGUCAGGCAAUUCCAAGGUCACACAGAUGGAGCCAGCUGUAUUGACAUUUCAAAUGAUGGCACCAAACUUUGGACGGGAGGUUUAGAUAACACUGUAAGGUCCUGGGACCUCAGAGAAGGAAGGCAACUGCAGCAACAUGACUUCACAUCCCAGAUCUUUUCUUUGGGAUAUUGUCCUGCCGGAGAAUGGCUUGCAGUUGGAAUGGAAAACAGCAAUGUAGAGGUUCUGCAUGUGACAAAACCAGACAAAUAUCAAUUGCACCUCCAUGAGAGCUGUGUGCUGUCCCUUAAGUUCGCUCAUUGUGGUAAGUGGUUUGUAAGCACUGGGAAGGAUAAUCUACUGAAUGCCUGGAGAACACCUUAUGGAGCAAGUAUAUUUCAGUCUAAGGAGUCCUCAUCGGUGCUGAGCUGCGACAUCUCAGUGGAUGAUAAAUACAUUAUCACUGGCUCUGGAGACAAGAAGGCUACAGUCUAUGAAGUUAUUUAUUAGGAAUGGAGCCUGAACACAAAGAUACUCACUAUAGCACUUUUGUUAGAUUUGCUCUUUAUGGCUGACUUUGCAAAACAAAGACUUCAACGUUCUUGUCAUUGUUUCUCAGCUCUGUGCUGUAUUUGAUCGUAAUUUCUGGACACUUCCGUCUGAUAUAUUAAAAAGCCUCAAAACCCAACUAUGCGGAGCAGAGUGACAAGCUUCUUUAGCCAUUAAGUGAAUGAAGGACCAGAAGGAUUCAACUAUUUAUUUUUGUUUUCCAAGACUUUUUAUAACCUUUGUUGAAAUUGAUUAAUUUCAUACAAGCUUUGGUAUUAACAUUCAUUCUGUUUGGAAGGUGUUAGUUCAUUUUCACAUUGAUUAAGUGUGUGUUAUUAUUUCUUCAUUUUAUUACAGAAUUAUGAAGAUUUUUAUAGAAGUAUUAAGUUGCAGAGCAAUGUUCUGGAGUAUUUGUCCAAAUUGAAGCUAGUUGAUAUGCCAACAAAAGAAAAUACAGGAUUGGCUAGAUAGUGAAAUGAUUUGCUGUCAGUAUUGUUUUGGCAGGAGGCCAUUAAUUUUAAUAAAACAAUACCGGUUCAAAUCACUUUCUUGGUAAUGUAAUAAACGAGGCAGAAGGUGCCCAUAGAAAUUGGAAAAAUCUACAAGCUGAGAAAAAUGCUGAUUUGCUCAGGUGUUUUGCGUAAUGGAAAAACAACCAUUCAGAAGUGACCAAAUGGCAAUUAUUUCAUAUUCACUGAAAACAGAUUACCACAAAACUGACCAGUCAAAUUCCUGUUCUUUUCCAACAAAUCCUCUUGAGCAAUUAAGUUAGUUUCCCAGCUCACUCCACUAACGAUUCCUGAAUUUUACUUU